UGACCUGUCGUAGGGCUCAGUCGUUUCUCGUGGCAGCGUGCUCAGGAAUCCUCUGGAUGUCCCUCUUAAUCGCAGCGCGGUUCGUAGUGGAUCAGACGACGUUGGAUGUCAUCUGCAACAUGUCAUCAGAGAAGAAGGACGUCCUGAGAGAGGGGGUUAGGAAAUGCGAGAACAUGAUUCCUCGACAGGUACGGGAAACUGGAGACAAACAUAAGGCUGCUUGCUUGAGAGAGGUCACAGGCGAUGCCCUUGGAAAAGACGUUGAAGAAUACUUCUGCAAGAAGCGGCAUCUCUUCACAAGUUUCAUCAAGUGCAUUGUGGAACACCGCGAAGACCUCAAGAAAAUGUCUGUUCGACUGUUACCAGCAGAGGGCGCAGCCGUGAGGAACGCACAGGAUUGCAUGGAAAUCUUGUGGAACAAUACGCUUGCGUCUUAACAAUGGCAGGAGGAAAAGCUACGACGCACGGAGGCACCCUAGCAUCUUCCGAAAGAGCAGGGAACAGUAACAAAUACGCAGGUUACUGCUGUUAAAAAGUAUUCAGUUUUUCGAUUCUAAGCAAAUAAAGUUGAGCCUGAUGA